GAUAUUGUUGGUACCAAGAUAGAGAUCAUUGUCACGCAGCAGCUUCCCUCUUCUCAUACAAACACUUUACAUUGCACGACUUGAUCAUGCUCUCUACGCUCUUUAACCUGGCACUCCUAACUGGAGUGUCCCUGGCUCGCCCACAGAAAACGUACCUGCAAGAGACUCGUAACAUCAGUGAGAUCUACGAUGCAGCGGUGGCUGAGGGCGGCGUUGUCACACUCUGGCAUGGUGGUGACGAGAAGACCCAGCAGGAUUUCCUGAAGCGAGCCUUCGAAGCACGCUUCCCAAAGAUGACACUCAACGUCACUGUGGACUUGUCUAAGUAUCACGAUGGCAAUCUUGACUCGCAGCUCGCAGCCAACAACGUCUACGUUGACAGCAUCAUUCUGCAGACACUACACGAUUACCCACGCUGGAAGAAGGAGGGUGCUUUGUUGAACUACGCACCAGUCAACUUUGAUAAGAUUGAUCCCAUUUUUAGGGAUGCAGAUGCCGCCUACGCAGGUCUCUUCAUCAUUGCAUGGUGCAUCCAAUCCAACGGCAACAAGACGGCAACUAUACCAGUAUCCUACAAUGACUUCACCAAGCCUGAGUUCAAGGACAAGAUUGCACUCACUUACCCCAAUGAUGAUGAUGCGGUGCUCUGGCAAUUCGAUCUCCUGCUCAAAGAUCCCAAAUUCGGCCCGAAGUGGUUUGAUGCUCUGCUCGCCAACAACCCACGCUGGGUUCGCGGAACAGCGACACCUAGGACUCUCAUCAACACCGCCGGUGACGACAGCGUCGCUACCUUCACCUCCAGCAUCUCCUUCUCCCCCGCCGCCCCGGGGUUCAACUUCACAAUCCCUACCGAAGGCACUUUCGCCUCUUGGGGCCAGACCGGCGCUAUCUUGAAGAAAGCGCCGCACCCUGAGGGCGCCAAGUUGCUGCACAACUUCCUACUGAGCGAUGAGUGGCUCACCAGCGGUCGCUGGAGCACGAGAACUGAUAUCGCACCCCCACCGGGCGCAGAGAAGAUCCUCAAGCAGCCGAACACUAAUGCGCCCGAGUUCAUUAAGUGGAUGUCUGAUCGUGCGAAUGUGGAGAGGAUCAGGUUCUUCCUCGAGGACAGGAUUGGCAGUGCUCAGGGCUUGAGUCCGCUUGAGGAUGACAUGUAAAUAUGUCUAGCUGGAUCUAUUCGUGUACAUGAAGGAUUAUUGGUGGACUGUAAGAGUUUGUACAUAUUUAGGCACGUAGGUGGUGGAUAAAGUGUAAAUACAGGGGUAAUGGUGUGAAACUACGUGCAUGAUUCUGGUUCCACACUGAGUACUGAC